AUGCUCUCGUCGCCACCGACGUAUCUUCCAUUGAACUUAAAAAGUCUGAAAAUGGUAGGGAUAUCGAAUUCUUUAAUGAACUUGUCGGCAGCACAAUUCCAAAGACUUUCAUUGAGGAAAUGCACAAUAGACUCGUUAACCGUCCCCCCGACGUUGACAUCAUUUAAGAGUGUUUUAAACUCUUUUAAACAACUCAAUUUGAAUUGUGUGGCGACUAAGGCGAUUUUUGAAAGCAGCGAUAUGCCUCCAGCAGUGCUUAUACCAACGCACUGCACACAACUCAAAGUCCGGUCACUGAGGAUUUUAUUCAUGCAAUUGACUGAGUUGAGGAGACUCGAGUUGAUCGACUGCGACCAUUCACAACUUGCGACAACAGUUAAACUGUCGAAACUGACAGCACUGACGUUCAUAGCGAAAAGUGCGGGAGAGUUCAUAAGAGAAGAGGAGAUCCCAAAGUUGAUGUUCUCAAGUUGUUUAGUCGACUUGAAGUUGCAAAAUGUGUGCUUUGUGCGGAUUGGAGGAAGGAAAGUGGCGAAGGUGGAUAUCGAGUUUUUGAACGGGAAUGUUGGCGAAGACAGUAAAGUCCUGACAGACACUAAAGACAUGAAAGAAACACCAAAAAGUGGUAUUAAACGAACAGACAUCACACCAGAGUUCUUGUUUGGAGAAGAGGUCCACGAGUUCCACUUGAAAGGACUUCAAACGGUGAAGGAGGUGUCGGCGGAUUUUCUUUAUGUGGAAGGAGCAAAUGAGCUUUCGAUCGGGAAAUGCUUUGGACUUCACUUAAGAAAUUGUCGAGGGAAAAUAGGGUUUGAAAAUGAGAGUCAGAAAAAGGUUGGAUAUGUCCAUUUGUACAAUUGCGUCUACGACAAAACGAAUUUUGCUGUGUUCAAAAAUAUCACGAAAAUGAGAGUCGACGUUUUUGGGAAAUUCAAAGAAAAUAUGUGGAAGUUCUCACAAUUUACUAAUUUGAUGAAUUUAACACUUUUUGCAAGUCAAAUCAAUUUGAGUAAAUUGGACUUGCCAACAACAGUAACAGCCGUUGAUGUCGCGGCUCCAAAAAUCAUCUCGAAUUUCAAUAAUAAACAACUCAGACAAAUUAAGUUGCUCUCUGUUGUCUAA